CCCCGCGCGCGCGGCGCGACCCCUGCAAAACCUAAUCCGUCCUAUCGGCAAUCCUCCUCCUGCUAAGGCGAACGGUGGCCAGCGAUCGGCAUCCGUGCGCAAGGCAGCCCUCCGGCGAUUCCUACCGCCUCACGAACGCUCCUUCGGUGGGCCUCUAUCACAGGGAUCGGUAACCCUAAACCCAAUUCUAUCUCGAUCGCCUCUCGCCUUUCGUGUUCUCCGCUCGUCUUCUCUCCUCCAAUCGAUUCGUCCAAUUAGCUUCAAUGCAUCUCACUCUGGAGUUUGGCGGCGGCCUGGAGCUCCUUUGCCAAUCCACUAAGAUCCACAGCGUAGAUGUGAAACCAAAGCCCGGAGAGGACAAGCUAACGAUGCGUGACCUAUUGGUUUGGGUCGAGUCGAAUUUGAUCAAGGAACGGCCAGAGAUGUUUAUGAAAGGAGACUCGGUGAGACCGGGUGUGCUGGUACUCAUAAACGAUUGUGACUGGGAACUAUGCGGCAGCCUCGACACUGAGCUGGAGGAAAAGGAUAAUGUGGUCUUUAUUUCUACCUUGCAUGGUGGUUAGCAUCAGUUUGCAGGAUGACAACAUCCGUUGAUUGGAAAGAGUUAAUCCAUAAUAUGAUGCAUUUCCUAAAUUCACAGACCGGUCUUGGUACUGAACAUAUUUCUGAACAGUUAAAAAUCUGAAAUGAAUUUAUCAGUCUUUACAUGUUA